AUGGCUAUCCUCUCCAAGAAGCCCACCGCCAACGAACUCACCCCGGAGGAGGAGGAGCAGGCCCUACAGAAAAUUCACGAAAACAAAAUCCGCAAAGCUUCCACUAAGGAGUACAUCGAGGAUGUCAAGAACUCCCUGCUUUUCCAACCAGGCUUCAACUGGAGUGACCUACUCUCGGCUGCCCCUAUCUCAGUGUCGCUGCUUGGGUCGCUGUUUGUCGCAUCCACCAUCCCUGAUGCCACGGAUAUCACCAUCAUCGCGCCCAAGGGUGGCUUCAAGUACUUGGCAAACUUUGACUCCGACGUCUCCCUGAAUGCGUGCCUUGUGCAAUGCUCGGACACUGGAGCAAAGGCGUUUAGCACCGCGUCCAACUCGUUUGACGCCAUCGUCCUCAAUACCGGCCCUAUCAAACAGACGGUCAACGAAAUCAUUGCUGCGAUGGGAGAUGCAAACUUGGUCGAGAGUCAGCUAAUGCCCGCCAUGAAAACCCUCACCGAGGUUGCGAAAGCCUCCGAGGACAGGGCCAGAGAGAUGGAGCAAGCGUUCCAGAUGUGGCUUGAUGUGGUCUGCGAGCUGCACGCCUGCGUGGUGCAAACCUCCACUAACGCGUCCGAGAAGCGCACAGCGAAUCAGGUCCAGCUGGCUGCCGCGCAGAUGCGUCUGGCCAGCACCAAGGAAGCCAGGAAGGUGGCCAAAAAGAGCUUGGACACCCUCCAGAACAGCCUCCAAAUGGCCACCAGCGCGUACAAGAAGGCGGCUGAUGAGUUUCCCUCAGGUUGGGAUCUCGUCGCGCAGCAGCUGGUCAGCGACCUAGGAGACUCACUGACCAACGCCAUUAACCUGGCUGUGCCUGCUCUCAUCGAGAACUAUAGUAUGACGGAAAAGAUGAAAGCAGGUGUUAACAUCUUCGAGGGCAACAACGGCGGCGCCAAGGGUGGCUCAGUAGGUGACGGCAAGGUAGACAAUUCCAACGUGCCCGAAGCCACUCGUGUGCCUUCGCCGACGCCACGCGCCACGUUGCCGUAUCCAAAUGACCCAGCGUACGGCAUCAUCGGGCCCAUUCGCAACUAUGUAACGACAGUCUCGUCCUUUGUCUCUGGUGGACCGGACCGUGGCGUCGACUGGGAGCUACUCAAAGACAAAGAUCCAAACAAACAGAACAACGGGUUGGGAGUGCUAGCAGCACUGCUACAGGAUGCACAGGACAAUUUCAAACCGUCGUCAAAUCCGCCCUCGACGGAUCUCACCGAUGUUUUUAACAAAACAAAGAUUGUUACGGAUGGCCUUCAAGAAGCUAUCAAACAGAAUGAAACCCUCAAUGGGUCAGCUCUGCCUGGUCCGGACUCAAAGGAUGUCAAGCAGUGGCAGCUGGACAUGCAAAUUAGCAGUGCCAAGGCAGUGCAACUCGACACUGACUCAAAGAACCUCGCGACCGCAUCUUCGCCCCCUUCCGUCAAAGAAACUAAGGCGACCAGCACUCCCACGGACAAAAAGGGUGCCCUUCGUCAACAAAUCAUCGACGCGGCCACGACAAAGCUGCAGAUGACUUCACAGGUUAUGGAGACUACUACUGUGCAGUAUCAGAAAGCCAGCGCGAAUCUAGUGGAAGUGCAGCAGAAAAUCGGCGAGAUCCAGGGCGAGCUCGCCAGCCUCAAGGCCACCAAUAUCAAUCUGGACAAAAUAAAAGCCAUCCUGGUCAAGUCGAUUGAGAUUCUCGUGCAACUUAAGUCUCAGAUCAACCGCCUUGUCGCCUUCUUCGCGGCCGUCAGCACUCUCGUCGACCACGCCGUGAAUAACCAGGUCUCCCCCUUUCUGGACUAUCUCAAGGCCUCCACAAGUGUUGGGGGGCCCUCCCUCCUAAACUUUUCUUUCACUGAGUUUCAGCAGCAAAUGAUCUUCGGCUACGCCCUCAGUAUCAGGUCCUUCUUUGACCUGUUCCGGGACAUCGGGCAGAUGUACCUCCAGGUGCACAAUGGGUUCAUCAGGCAGGGGCUUGAGAUGGUUAAUAACUUGCAGACGGAGUAUAAUAGCGCCGGCGAUUCAAAGCAGAAGCAGAGGAUCUUGGAUCAGAGAAACAAAGAAGUCAGUGACUUCAGCAGCAGCUCCAUCGAAGGAGUCAAACAGCUUGUUCAGUCGCGUCAACAAGAUAUUACUGAUAAUCUUGCGUCUAACGCCGCAGAUGCGGCCAACUCAUUGGACUUUGUGCCCGUCACGCCCACACAGCCAGUGACAAAGGCCAUCACGGACUCUACUGAUGCCUCUCGGGAGGCGGCCGAGAAGGGAAUCGCCCAGUCGAACAAGUACAUCCCUCGCCCGCUCAACGACACUUCGUCUUUGGUUGAUGACUCGUAA